AUGUCACAGGCCUCAUCAACAGCGGCACCGGUGCUGACUCCUCGGUUCUGUUUUGACGAGAGACUACUUCGAGACUUUCUCCGACUUUCAAGAUCUACCAUUGAUGAUUCCAUCACGCAACACUUGAACGCCUUGCUUACACCAGCCCAGGAAGGGUUUGACCCCUCAUCAACAGCGGUGCGACAAUUCGAGUCUAGAUCUCGGAGAACAAUCAACUCCCCAGCCUGUCAGGGCUUCAAGGACAAAGUGCUUUUCCCGUCAUGGCAGACAAGAUCAGAUGUCCUCACAUACUGCGCUGGGGUGGCCACGAGCCCGGACCCCAAUGAUCCCGAUUUGAUCCUUCGGCAGACAGAGUCCGCACGAGACCGAGAACGAGAAGUCAAUGAGCGUUUGGACCCAUAUUCUGCUCGUUUCUUCCCACGCGAAGCACGGACAGAAUCAUUGGCCAACUUGAUUCGCAACGAGCGUACCAUUGAAGAAAUUAUCCGGGCCCGAACCUGGGGCUUGGUCUCAGACAAAUGCAAUGAUUCUUCUACUUGGGAAGAAGCUCUCAAUAGCUGGCGCCAUUCUCAUCAAAAAUAG